AUGACGCAUUGCCCCUGGUGGGAUGCUGCUGUGCUUUUCCCAGUGGUGUCCGUCCUUGGGACAUCAGUCUCCAUCCUUCCCCAUUCAGGUGAGGCCUUCCUGGGUGGGUUUGUGGCCAGCGGACUAGGGACCUCCUCCACACCCCAUGGAAGCCCUGCCCCCUUGCCCUCUGACCUUCCCUUCCGGUCACCUACCCCCAGCAACCUGCAGAUGGUGCAACUGUGGGCCGCCCACUCCCAUGAAGGCUUUUCCCAUCUGCCUAAUGGGCUGUACCCUUCAUAUAUUCCCCUGAGCCACCUGGAGCCCCCCAACAGCGGCAGUCCCCUUCUGGCCCAGCUGGGGCAGCCGGGCCUCUUUGACUCUCCGAAAGGUCAGCGUGCGUGGGCGGAUGGAUUCUAUCUACCAGGCCAGGUGGCCCUGCACCCCCAGAACCCCGUUUCCAGGACCCCCGCCGGCCACUCGUCGGGCUCCCUGCUCCGGGACAAGGAGCUCGGCCACCUUCCCAAGAGCUCCCGGGAGGGCCCCGCGAAGGAGCACAGCAAAGAGAGGGCGUGCAGGGGGGACCUGCCGCCCCCCUUCGGCAAGAGGGAGGGCAAGGCCAAGGAGGAGCCGAGGCCGCGCAGCGUGGUGGACCUGACCCAGGACGCCAAGCCGGAGGGGGAGCGCAGGCUGAGCGGGCUGGAGCGGGCGGCCAAGAUGGGCGAGCGGCUGUCCCCCUUCCUGACGGAGCACGUGGGCCACCGGGGGCUGGGGGGCGCCGAGCCCAAAUCCAAGAACCCCCUGCAGACGUCGUCCCUGAGCAACUGCAAUGGCGGCGGGGACCCUCUGCUGAAGGUCCUGGGCGCCGAGCAGGACUGCUGCAGCAAGGACCCGGCCCGGCACGACGAGAACAUGCGGCCCGCGGCGCACGGCCACCUGGACCGGAUGAAGCGCGGCGAGGCCGUCGUCCCCGCCAUGACCACUUUGCACAUCUCCUGCACCUGCCCCUCUCCGCACCCCGCGCAGCAGCCGGGGAAGAUGACCCCCUCCUCUUCGGCCUCGGCGUGCGCGGCCACAUUCCCCCCGCAGCCCGUCCAUUCCAGCAUGUACACCAUCUUUCCCCCGGCCAAGGAGCCGGGCCGGGAGCACAAAGUCAUCGCCCCCACCUUCGUGCCUUCCGUCGAGGCCUACGACGAGCGGACGGGGCCCAUCCAGAUCGCCUCGCAGGCCCGGGACAAUAAGGCCAAGGACAAGGAGGCGAGCAAGGUGGAGGGGCUGCAGCCCCCCUCGGAGCGGGGCCUGGCGGACCUCUCGCGCGCCCUCCUGCCCCAGGACUUCCCGUGCCCGGGCGACGCCAGGAGGGCCGAGGUGCUGCGGGAGAAGAACUCGGUGAUCCGGGCCAACUCCUUGGUGCUGAAGCGGCACGCCGCGUCCGAGCCCUUCCAGAGCCGGGCCGGGCUGGGCUCCCCCGAGACCAGGGACUUCCUGCCCUCCAAGGACCUGCUGAAGCCCGAGGUGGAGCACCGGGCCUGCGAGCGCGAGCGCUUCUCCAGGGCGGCCACCAAGGAGGCGGCCAAGGUGUACGGCACCCUGGACCCUUCCCGGCAGCACCCGGACGCCGGGCAGCUCAAGCUGCCGCCCGAGCAGAAGUGGAAGCCCUUCGAGAUGAGCAACUUCGCCACCACUCAGAUGGCCGUGCUGGCCGCGCAGCACAACCACGUCAGCCGGGUGGAGGAGGAGGCGGCCAAGAAGGGCUAUCUGGACCCCAGUGGGCUGCCGCGGGUGUCCGUGGUGGGAGGCCCCCGCGGCGGGGCGGACCUCCAUGCGGUCUCUCACAGCGAGGGCUCUGCCAUGCAGAGCCUCAUCAAGUACAGCGGCAGCUUCGCCAAGGAGGCCUCCGCCCGGCCCGGCAGCGGCAAGAAGAGCCCUUUCGGCGGGCUGGGCAACAUGAAACUGGACCCCUCGCAGCUCGGUACCACCAAGGUCCAGCAGCUGCUCUCCCACCAAGGGGGCAAGCAGCUAAAGAGGGACCCGGAGAGGCCGGAGAGCGCCAAGUCGUUCGGGAGGGAGAGUAUCGGGUCGCAGGGGGAGGUGGAAGUGAGGCACCCGCCCGUGGGCAUUGCCGUGGCAGUGGCCCGCCAAAAGGACAACAGCGGCACCAAGCUGGGGCCCAGCCUGGCGGACCAGGAUCGGCCUUUAUCCCUGAGCAACAUCAAAGGACACAGUCGUUCAGACGAAGACUGCGGAGAUGACCGAGGCCGCCACAGGGAAGAACGCCUCCUGGGUGGGGGGCGUCUGGAGCGGGACCAAGAGAAGCUGCUCAGGUUAAAGGUCAACGAACAGCGAGCUGAGAUGGAAGAGAAGGUCUCCAAGCGGAGCCUGGAGAGUAGUAAACAGGGUCUCCCCUCCUCCGGUUCAGGACUGAUUCACCGGAAGCCCCCCGUCCUCUCACCUAGCACUGCCACUUCCUACAGCAAGGCUGUGAGCCCACCACCCUUAUCCCCCCGUGCCUCACCUGUGACAGUGCUCAAAGCUAAGGUGAUCCAGAAAUUGGAGGAGACACCCAAGCCGCCGGCUUACUCCUACCCUGCCACCCCCAGUUCUCACCCUUCUAGCCCUCCACCUGCCUCCCCACCUCCAACCCCUGCUAUCCCCCCCAAAGAGGAAGUUCCAGAAGAAAUGGAGAAGAAAGACUUGGAAUUAGAGAAAGAAGCCUCCAGCCCAUUCCAAGCCUUGUUUCCAGAAAUUCCUCCAAGAUAUUCAUUCCAGUCCCUUCCCACCUCUUUUGGGAGACAUUACCCGUACCUCCUGCAGCCCACAGCGGCAUCUGAUGCAGACGGGCUAGCCCCUGAUGUGCCAUUACCUGCUGAGGGACCCGAACAUAUGGAAUUGUCCCCAGAGGAUAAGCCCCUUCAUUUGCCCCCAUCCAAGAUCGUAGAGAAUCUCCAGGCCACCCCUGAAGAAGAGCCCUUGGAGGAGAGGGUGAAAGCUGAGGUGGAGGAAAUGGAAGAGAGCCAGGAAGAGCUCCCUGAGCCAAACUUGGAGCCUCCCAGCCCACUGACCCCAGCAGCCAGGCCGACCCAGAGCCCAGACAACUGUAGUCACCUGUCACAGCCGGGCGAAUCAUUAGGCCCCAUGGAGCAAGAGCUAGAGGAGAUUCCGGACUGCCCAGCAGAGUACCAGGUUGGGUCUUCUUGCCUGUCCGAAGUCGAAGCUGAGACUCAGGAUGAGGCCAGUGCUGGGCCGGAGGCCUGCUCUGUUCGCAUGGAUUACGAAGGCCCACUGAAUAAAGAUGAAGAAGAUCUCCCUAGGGUGGAACUUAUGGAGGAACCGAAUGAGAAGCAGAGCCCACCUCUGCCCAGCGGGUCUCCACCCAGCAUAGAAAUUCCAGAGAGGGACCCCGGUGCGGGGGGUCAAGAGUUCUUCAGCCUCCCAGCGGAGGAGGCAGGGCCGGUGCCCCCCAGCCCCCAGUACCCAGAAGAAGCUGUCCCCUGCCAGCUUCCCACCCUGGACAUUAAACCCGAUGACCCACUGGCCGGAAUGAAUGCUCUGGUGGCUGCCACAGAGCUGCCUCAGGCCUACCCUGUGCUGAACACAGGUGGUGUCACCCAAGCCCUGGUGAACCUGGAGGUGGCUGAGAGCCUGUCCCUGGAGCAGAGCUUCUUACAAGGCAUUACUUUGUUGAGUGAGAUCGCCGAAUUAGAACUGGAGAAGAGGAAGCAAGAAGUUGAAAAGAGCUGUCCCGUGAGACCCACCCUCGAGAGCUUGCUAGCUGCCAGCACCCAUAUGUUGAUGGAGGUGCUCUCUAAUCCAUUCAUGGACCCUUUGAAGACCAUCAGGCUGCCCCGAGAACUGAACCCUAAUAAGAAGUAUAGCUGGAUGCAGAAAAAGGAUGAGCCGAUGUACUCGAUCAAGUCCGCCAUUGAGAAUAUGGAUGCGAUGGAGCUCGACUACCGGAUGCGCCUGGCGGAGCUGCAGCGGCGCUACAAGGAGAAGCAGCGGGAGCUAGUGAAGCUGCAGAGGCGUAGGGAUUCUGAGGAAAAACGUGAAGAGAAAAGUAGAAGCUUGGCGCGAAGGGGCCCUGGAAGGCCGCGGAAACGGAAGCAUGGAUCGAGUGCUCUGUCUCCUCCUCUGGAAAAAGGGAAGAGUGACGGCAAGAGCGGAAAGCUGAGCAAGUCUUUGCUGCUGUCAGAAGAUUCUGAGAAUGGAGAAGGGAUGCGGAAGAGACACAAAGGGUCCAUCCCUGAGGACGAGGAGGGUAUGGACAGUGGAAUUGGGAAAGCAAAAGGGAGACACCAGAGUUGGGAUGAGCACGAGACCUCAACAGGCUUUUCAAACGAGCUAAAGGUCAAGAAGAAGAAGGUGGCCAGUGACCAGGAGCAGCUGGCAACUAAGCUGGAUAAGGCCCUGUCCCUCACCAAGCAAGACAAGCUGAAGUCACCCUACAAAUUUUCAGACAGUUCUGGGGGGAAGCAGAAAAGUAGUGGGGUUAGCAGCAGGUACUUAUCUCCCCAUGAUGCUCUGCUGAGCAAGGAAGAGAAGAAAGUCCUGACCAAGGGCCUGAGCCUAUCCCUAAAACCCUCUAAAGAAGGUAAAAAUAAAUUCGCUGCCAAAAUGAAGAUGGAGGUGGGGCUAAAGGUCAAAAGUCAACUGAAAAUUUCCCACUCACCUGUGAUAUCGGAAAUGAGCAGCUACUCCUAUAAUACGGACUCAGAGGAAGAUGAUGAAUCCCUGAGGGAUGAGUGGCCUUCACAGUCUCCAUGCAGCUCCAAAACGAGACCUUCCAGUCUCUACAGCGUAGUGGCCAAAAAGAGCAGCAAGUCGGCUGGAGGUCUCAAACCACCCAAGAGGGGCGUGUCUGCCACCAGAACUCUCAAAGCUAAGCAGGCCACAAGCAGAAAGCAAUCAUUUGGUUUGCUACUCCGAGAAGCCGAGGCUAGAUCUUCCUUCAGUGACUCUUCGGAGGACUCAUUUGAUCAAGAUUAUAGCUCUGGAGAGGAGGAAGAAGAAGAUGAGGACGAUGAAGAAGAGGAGGAAGAAAUGGACAGCUAUGGGAUGAAUGGCCCCAAUAGGCUCUCAUCCCCAUCCCUGGAUGAGAGUGGUCUGGGGUUGCUGGCCCGUUUUGCGGCCAGCGCCAUGCCUAGCCCCAUUGUGGCUCCCCCACUUUCCAUCAUCCAGUUGGAAGCCAAACAGAAGGCAAAAAAGAAGGAAGAGAGGCAGAGUCUAAUGGGUGAGUUCUGUGCUGGGGGCCAAAGAGUAUUGGGGCUGGCCAAGGCCAUCUUGGGUACAAACCGAGGGAAGGGAGGAGCUGUGAGCAAGCUGAUGGAGAGCAUGGCUGCUGAAGAGGAUUUUGAACCCAAUCAAGACAGCAGCUUCUCUGAGGAUGAGAACUUGCCCCUGAGCAUGUUGGUAGAACGACCGCUGACUCCAGCCCCCCGAUCCUGCAUCAUCGACAAGGAUGAGCUCAAGGACGGACUGAGGGUCCUCAUCCCCAUGGACGACAAGCUCUUGUAUGCUGGGCACGUGAAGACGGUCCACUCGCCGGACAUAUACCGGGUGGUGGUAGAAGGAGAGAGGGGCAACCGACCUCACAUCUAUUGUCUGGAGCAGCUCCUGCAGGAAGCGAUCAUAGAUGUGAAGCCGCCUUCCAUCCGAUUCUUGCCCGAGGGAACCAGGAUCGCUGCUUAUUGGAGCCAGCAGUACCGCUGCCUCUACCCUGGCACCGUGGUCCGAGGGGCCCUGGAUCUUGAAGAAGAUGGUGAUCUGAUCACAGUAGAAUUCGAUGAUGGGGACACAGGGAGGAUUCCCUUGUCUCACAUCCGCCUCCUGCCCCCGGACUACAAGAUUCAGUGUGCAGAGCCUUCCCCUGCCCUCCUCGUGCCCAGUGCCAAACGCCGCAGCCGAAAGUCCAGCAAGGAUGCCGGAGAAGGAAAAGAGGGCGGCAACCUGGGGUCGGAGGAGUCUGGAGCCAAGGGCAAAGGCCGCGGGCGGAAACCGAGCACCAAGGGCAAAAGUGAAGAGGCGAGUCUCCCAGAAGAGGUGGCCCAGCCGGACCCUCCUCCAGGUGCCUCUUUAACGCAGGAGAAGCCGGGCAGCCUGGGCAAGCCGGGCACCAAGAAUGCCAAGAAGAGCGCGCCGGGGCUCCCCGAGGAGAAGCGGAGCAAAGCCGCUAAAAUGAGGAUGCCCCCCAAGUUGCACAGCCCCGCGCCGCCCUCUUUCCAGACCCCCACGUUCGGUACCGCGUUGGCCCCGGAGGCGUACGGGGAACUGGCGGCUUUCGGCGCCGCUGACAGCCCCUCGGGGAGAGCGAAAGCCAAGAAGGGCAGGGGGGCUGAGGAGGUGGCCGAGUUCGGCCCGGCCUCCAAGGGCUCCAGGAGGCCGGCAGAGAGCGAGCUCCUCAUCAAACUGGACCACGAAGGGGUGACGUCCCCCAAGAGCAAGAAGACGAAGGAGGCCAUGAUGUUGUUGGAGGACGCGGGCCUGGGCGGCCGGAGGGAGAGCAAGAACCUGGUAGGCUUGAGCAGCUACUCUUCCCUGGGAGGCGGCGAGGCCAAGGCCAAGGCCAAGGCCGCCCGAGGGAAGGCCCCUGAAGAGGACGCCUUGGCGCCCAGUUUCACGGGCAAGUUUGAGGGCUCCGGAGACCCGCUGGCCACCGAGAAGGACAAGGGAGACCCGGGGGUGGCGGAAGCGGCCGAGGAAUCUGAGAGCAGCAGCAGCUCCAGCUCCAGCAGCAGCAGCUCCAGCAGCUCCAGCAGCUCGGAGACCGAAGGGGAAGAAGAGGGAGACAAGAACGGAGGGGAUGCCCGCGGGGAAGACAGCAGCUCGUCCAGUUCCCGGGCCUCCAGCCCCAUGUCUUCCUCCAAUUCCUCCUCCUCCUCCUCCUCCAGCAGCAGCAGCUCCUCCUCUUCCUCCUCCUCUUCCUCUUCCUCCUCUUCUUCCUCUUCUUCCUCCACCUCUUCCAGUUCCAGUUCAUCCUCCUCCUCCUCUUCCUCCUCCACGACGGAUGAAGAUUCCUCCUGCAGCUCAGACGAUGAGGCGGCCGAGGAGGCCCAGGCAGGCCACUCCUCGGUGCAGCCAGACCUGCCUCCCAAGUCGGCCAAGCAGGCAGGGAAAUCUCGGACCUCCUCCCACCCGCCCGGCAAGAAGCAGCCACAGCAGCCACCAACCCCUCAGGCGCAGAAGGCCCAGGCCGGGGGCAGCAAGAGCCGCCCCAAAAAGCGUGAGGGGAUCCACCUGCCCACCACCAAGGAGCUGGCCAAGCGGCAGAGGCUGCCCUCUGUGGAGAACAGGCCCAAAAUUGCCGCCUUUCUCCCGGCCAGGCAGCUGUGGAAGUGGUUCGGCAAACCCACUCAGAGACGGGGCAUGAAAGGCAAGGCCAGGAAGCUCUUCUACAAAGCCAUCGUCCGGGGGAAGGAGAUCAUCCGCAUCGGCGACUGCGCAGUCUUCCUGUCGGCCGGCCGGCCCAACCUGCCCUACAUAGGCCGCAUCCAGAGCAUGUGGGAGUCCUGGGGGAACAACAUGGUGGUGAGAGUCAAGUGGUUCUACCAUCCCGAGGAGACCAACCCUGGCAAGAAGCUCAACGAAGGCAAGCGCUGGGAUCAGAAGUCAGGAAGGAGCAUCCCUACAGCCCUGCAGACCUCCAGCCAGAGGAAAGACUUCAUGGAGCGCGCCCUGUACCAGUCAUCCCACGUCGACGAGAAUGACGUGCAGACCGUCUCCCAUAAGUGUCUCGUCGUCGGCCUGGACCAGUAUGAGCAGAUGCUGAAGACCAAGAAAUACCAGGACAGUGAGGACCUGUACUACCUGGCCGGGACCUACGAGCCCACCACCGGCAUGAUUUUUAAUACAGAUGGAGUCCCAGUCAUCUGCUGAGUGGCUUAGCACGGGGGAGAGAUCCUCGCCAGUCCAGCCAGGAUCUCUCUGUGCCCUGGGCAGAGGGAUCAGAAGAGGAGAGUGAGAGUGAGAGCGAGAGCGAGAAAGAAUGAGUGAGAGAUUGCGAGAGAGCGCGAGAGCGCGAGCGCUACAUAGACGACAUGAUUGUUCUUUCACUUGCCUGACCUCUGAGUCGUCGGGGGUGGGGGGCAUCCCAUCGGGACAGCAAAUGCUCAGAGAAAGGGACUGCAGAUGCCAGCGCCAAGGACAGCCUCUCCCCACGAGCCCCCUCCCCGGCUGCCCACAUAGAAAGGGCUCCUGACCAGCUGCCUUCACCUCCCCUGGGAAAAACAAAGGGGGGAGAUUCUCAUGAUCACUGCCAUGGCGAGGGAGACUCCAUGAGUGCGUGAGUGCGUGCGUGUGUGUGUGCCUGUGUGUGCAUGAGUGUCUCCAGCCUCCAUUCAGAAUCCUGAGGUGCCCUUGGCUGGGGACACGGAAGAACCAUCAGGGUAUCUAUCCAGACAUACCUGCAUCCCUAACGGACGCUCCCGGCAGCCCCAGAUGGACAGGGAUGCCCGGCUCCGCGCGAGCACCUUGGACGUGCCGGGCGGCGCUUUGGGAGCCAUUGAGCCGUCUUUGGCAGUGGUCUGGGCAGUGGCAGAAGGAACCCGAAGGGACACUCAGGAGGGGACGGCCCCCGCCAUUCGGGAUGGAACACGACUCAACGAAACACAGGCUCUCCGGGCGGUGGAAGGCAAGGGAGAUGGGAAGGGUUUUAAGGGAGCCCCCGCGGCCCCGAUUUAGGAUCUGAACUGCAUGCAAACUCUUUCCAAGCUUUCCAAGGAAACUCCCCAAUCCAGUUCUCCAGGUGGGCGGAGAGGUCUGUUUCCCAGACUCGGCCUGGCCCUGCUCCCAGGCAGUGCCGUUGGGAGGCGCACGGCCAGAAGAACGAGCCUGAGGGGAACCGGACACCAGCAUCCCUCUCCCCAGCCUGCUGGCCAGGGGGCGCUUGCUCCUGAGCAGGCUCCCCCCAUCCCUGUUUGAAAGCUGCCUCUCUGCCUCCUGCCACACAGCUCUCCCUCCCUGCAGAUGAAGCUUCCGUGGCCCUUCUUCUGCUCAUGGAGAAUUCACCGCCGCCGCCGCCCCAGGAGGCCGACAUGAUCCGCAGACACGAAGGGAUCACAACGACGACGACAACAACGAAGCCAGAGGUGCCUGGGGCCCGCGCCCUUGCCCUCAGAAGGGGGUGCAUGGGGCUCCCUACCCCAGGCCCCCCGCCCUCUCAGGAUGGCUGAGGGGGAUGCCUCCCUCAUGCUCCUGGGGAUGGAUUUUGGACUCCUCUGCGAUGGUACUUGGGGCAAGUCCUCGGGAAGGGAAGAGAUGAGGGGCAAGCCCACCUGGCAGCGCUCACACUACGAAGAACCACAAAUGGUGCUGAAAUUGUCACCCCCUCACUUGGCCCCCGUACCCCCAGUCCCUCUCCCAGAUCAGGGCUCCCCAAGAGCCCGGCGGAGAAUGCCGUUUCUUAACCUGUACAGUUUUAAUGUACCGAAAAGACUCUCUAGCCCCCCUGUAUCAUACGUCUUUAAAUGGAUUCAACUUUUUAAUUAUAUAUAUAAAUAUAAAUAUAUAUAAAUAUAUAUAUAUAUAAACUUUUUAAAACUGUGAAAAAAAGUUAUGAAAUUAUAAAGUGAACACGGUCUGACGUUUAGAAUAUUAUUUUUUAUUUCCUGUUGGAUUGUGAUUGUAAAGCAUUGGGCUCACGCACCACACUUCCACGCACACCCCCGCACCCUGCCCUCCCCUACCCCCCCAGGCCUAAAGUGUACUGUACUCACCCCAACGGACUGUGUGCGGACAUAGGGAGAAGAGAAGACUGAGAGCGAGCGAGAGUGAGCAAGCAAGCAACGGAUGGAGCACGUGUGCCCGUGCCCAACAGAAAGCACUUAUCUGCCCCAGCGCCUUCUAGGAAAACACAAGGGUUUGUCCAGACAAUCGCGAGGGAAGGAAAGCCAGACUUUGGUUUUGUUUUGGGGGGAUUUUUUUUUU